AUGUCGUCGCUGGCGGAGUACAGGAAUCUGCAUCAGACGCAGAAGCACACAACGGAUUUCGAUUCUACAGGGGUUGUCAACCGCAAGCGCCGCAGGGAUGGCUCUGUGGCAGUGACAGGUGGUCCGAAGCUGGCCCAGACCCAGGCCUACCCGUCGAAGUUCUGUCGCAGAAUCAUUGGGCUACAAAUGACUACAUGUGUGGCUCCGAGCUACGAGCCUGCCGUGCCAGAGAUCGAAGAUCUCGAGGAAGUCCCUGUGAAUCUUGAUAUUUGGAGCUAUGCCCUUCUUGAACCAAUCGUCGAGUUCCUGAAGGAAGAGGCUGGUCAUGGCCGCUGGACUCCGAAAUGGCCCCUACCCUUGAGCGACCAACCGGCUGAAAUCGUCCUGUAG